AACGCGGCGUAGUUUGGAACGCGAGCGCGAAACGUUAGUUGAUCAUCUUUCGAAUAACAUAUCCGGAAUAGUUAAGAGCCACAACAAUCUCAAGAUGGUGGUCAAUUUUAAGGUGUUUAAAAAAUGUUCUCCGAACAAUAUGAUCACCCUGUAUAUGAACAGGCGUGAGUUUGUGGAUUCGGUGACACAAGUGGAACCUAUCGAUGGCAUUGUUGUGCUGGACGAUGAGUAUGUGCGUCAGAAUCGCAAAAUUUUCGUGCAGCUCAUUUGCAACUUCCGCUAUGGGCGCGAGGACGACGAGAUGAUUGGUCUGCGCUUCCAAAAGGAGCUGACACUCGUGUCGCAGCAGAUUUAUCCGCAGCAGAAGCAGGAUCUGCAACUUACCAAAAUGCAGGAGCGUCUGCUGAAGAAGCUCGGCUCGAAUGCCGUCCCCUUCAUCAUGAAUAUGCCGCCCAGCUCCCCAGCCUCGGUGGUUCUGCAGCAGAAGGCUAGCGAUGAGAGCCAGCCCUGCGGCGUGCAGUACUUCGUGAAGAUCUUCACGGGCGACAGCGACUGCGAUCGUUCGCAUCGUCGCAGCACCAUCAAUCUGGGCAUACGCAAGGUGCAGUAUGCGCCCACUCGGCAAGGAAUUCAGCCCUGCACCGUAGUGCGCAAGGACUUCCUGCUGUCACCCGGCGAGCUGGAGCUCGAGGUGACACUGGAUAAACAGUUAUACCAUCAUGGGGAGAAGAUCUCCGUGAACAUAUGUGUACGUAACAAUUCGAACAAGGUUGUGAAGAAGGUCAAGGCCAUGGUGCAACAGGGUGUCGAUGUGGUCCUGUUCCAAAACGGACAGUUCCGCAACACAAUCGCCCAUAUGGAAACAAGCGAGGGUUGUCCCCUAAAUCCGGGAUCCAGCUUACAAAAGGUCAUGUAUUUGGUCCCCACCCUGGUGGCCAAUUGUGAUCGUGCGGGCAUCGCAGUCGAGGGUGAUAUCAAACGCAAGGAGACGGCUUUGGCGUCCACUACGCUGAUUGCCAGCCAGGAUGCUCGUGAUGCGUUUGGCAUAAUCGUUUCGUACGCCGUCAAGGUUAAGCUCUUCCUGGGCGCUCUGGGUGGCGAGUUGUGCGCUGAGUUGCCCUUCAUACUGAUGCAUCCUAAGCCCAGCCGCAAGGCUCAAUUGGAAACCGAGGGCUCCGUGGAUGUUGCUUAGACCACCGUCUUACCUCAAUUAAAUGCCAAGUGCCUAUUUAUACUUCUACUUAACCAAAUCUAAUCCAGAAACUCAAUAUCAUAAUAGAUAGACUAUUUUGCUGAUGUUGCUGAAUUGUUCUGAACUGCAGUCGUCGUACUUUUCUUAUGUAUAUGUAUAAGAAAGAAGUUAAAUAUUCCUGAAUAUGUGUGUAUGUGUAUAUAAUCUCUAUAAUAUACUCUUAUAUGCUGAUUUAUUACUAUAAUUAGCAAUGAAUGAAAUACA